CAGGAGAUACUUGGAACUGCCCAAGUCAGCACGUCAACAGAUGGCAAUUUAAAUGAACUCCACAUUACAGUAAAAUGUUGUAACAAUCUACAGUCUUGGAGGAAACAUCUACAGCCAAAUUCUUAUGUUAUCUACAAGUUCUUUGAUUUUGAAGACCACGAUACUGCCAUCAUUCCUAGCAGCAACAACCCACAAAUAGAUGACCAUAUGUGUUUCCAGGUGCCAAUGAAUGCAGACUUAGACCAGUACUUAAAAUCAGAAUCCUUAACCUUUUAUGUAUUUGACGAUGCUGAAACGGAAGAAGGUACUUAUGUAGGAAUAGGGAAAGCCAAUGUGCCUCUUAUUUGUUUAGCACAUGACGGAUCUAUCUCAGGUACUUUUGAACUAACAGAUCCUGAAAGAUGUGCUAGUGGUACCAUCACAGUUGAAUUAAAAUGGAAGUUUGCCUACCUACCACCAAGUGGAUCAACAAUGGCUGUGAACUUAGUGAAUUACAUUCAAAAUGAGAAAUCAAUGGCAACUAGAUUACUAGCAGAGGAAGAAAUGCAGACUACAUCCCUAUCUCCUUUUACUUCAUCAGUGACAAAACCAACACCCAAACCAAGGCAGCAUGCAGUUAAAGAAGUCGAGAAGGUAUCUUUUCUGGAUGCUAGUACAAUACAGAUGACAGGCUCUGUUCUUGAAAAUAACACGGAACUUGCACAGAAGAUGAAGUCUUCAAGAGAUCCAAGCGUUUCAGAGGUUGAACAAGAAAGGCCAGCAGAUGAUAAGGUGAAGGAGAUGGCUGAAGAAAGUCAACAGGAAGAAGAAGACCUCUCACAUCUGUCAGAGGGGCAGUUGGCUGGCCAAAGCUCAGUUACCUCUGGAGAUGAGAAAAAAAUAACUGAAGAAUUGGAACCAGAAGCUCAAGAUGAUAGACAAGAAAGUGAUGCUGCUGAAUCAGUAGAAACUGACAGUGAUGACUGUAUUGUUUCAAUUCCAGUAUCCAAGAAUAUUAAACAAGCAACUGAAACAAUCCGGAUUGAAGUUCUGUCGUUCUGUCUUACUGAGUCACGAAUUGCAUCAGAUGACACCAUACAGCUGCUGUUUGUAGAAUACAGUCUGUACAACUGCUUUGUGGAGGAGACCCCACUGUCACUUCCCAAACCAACAAGUGGUCAGAGGAUUCACUAUCACUAUAGCAAUGUGAUACAUGUGGAUAAGGCAAAUAAUCGUGCAAGAAGAGAGUAUCUCAAGUCUAUGCUUCUAAAGCCAGAUUUGCAUACUGACAGCCUAAGAUUCACAGUGAUCAGUGAACCCCUAGCAGUUGAACACGACCUUGAAUGUGAAGAAAUCGGCUUUGCUAAUGUCAGUUUGAGAGAGAUAUUCCAGAAGCAAAGAGAUAUCAUUGAGCAAGAUAUUGAUGUUUUCGAUGCAGAAGAUGAUAGUGCAGUAAUUGGAAAGCUCAAAGUAACAGUGGAAGCCCUCCAUGCACUGCAUUCAGUCUAUGAGGAAUGGAAAGAUGACUCGGAGGCAUGA